CUACUGGUCCUUCCUCCUCCCUGCUCACUGCUGUUUGCCUCUUCUUGGAUUCCAGAGCUUGUUUUAUUCCUCAGCAGCGUUCCUGCAGCCUGCAGAUUGAGUACUGCUGGAAAUUUGGGAUCUGUGGUUUGUUUCAGACAGAGAAGAAAGGAGAGUUUAAGUAUUGCUUUAGGAGACAUGGCUUUGCUUGGAUUCUUUUAUACAGAAAGAAGAUGUGUUUGCUGGCUCUGAGAGAAAAGGAAAAUUGUUAAAGGCAGUGUGGAUAUGACUUGAAUCUUUCAUCAGGCUCUCAACACCAUUACUAGGGGCACAGAAUGAUCUCCUUCCAGCUAGUUUCCCAAUAAUUUCACAGGGGAAUUAAGGUUGGAAGAUGCUUCAGGAUGGAUAAAGCUGUUCAGCAUCCCAGUGAGAUCCUGAAUCAAACUAUCUCUAACAUUAGCCUUUCUCAGUUUUUGAACUUUGAUACAUGCCAACUUUCCUCCCUUGCAGAAUUCUUGCUUAUUACAGCUUACACAUUGGUUACACUAGUGGGGCUUGUUGGAAAUCUUUGCUUAAUUAUUAUAAUAAAGAGACGGAAAGAAGCUCAAAAUGUCACCAACAUUUUGAUUGCCAACCUCUCUGUAUCAGAUGUCUUGAUCUGUAUCAUGUGCAUUCCUGUCACAGUUGCAUAUACCUUAAUGGACCACUGGAUAUUUGGGGAAGCAAUGUGUAAAAUAGGUUCUUUCAUACAAAGCCUCUCUGUCACAGUCUCCAUUUUCUCACUUGUACUCAUUGCUAUUGAGAGAUAUCAGUUAAUUGUGAACCCGCGUGGCUGGAAACCUAAAAUUUCACACGCUUAUUGGGGAAUUCUUUUCAUCUGGGGGCUUUCCCUCAUCAUAUCCUCUCCUUUUUUAGUAUUCCACCAAAUAACAGAUGAACCCUUCAAACAUCUGUCUUUCCACAGUGAUUUCUACAAGAACAAAGUUGCUUGCAUCGAAGCGUGGCCAUCUCUUACAGAGAGACUGAUUUUCACCACUAGCCUGCUGGUUUUCCAGUACUGCUUCCCACUGGGGUUUAUUUUUAUUUGCUAUCUCAGGAUAUUUGUAUGUCUUCGAAGGAGGCGAGGUAAAAUAGACAGGAUGAGAGAGAAUGAGAACAGGCUGAGUGAAAACAAAAGGAUCAAUAUGAUGCUGGUAUCAAUUGUUGUGACCUUUGCAGCUUGCUGGUUACCUCUCAAUAUAUUCAAUAUGGUUUUUGACUGGAACUACGAGGCACUAAUGAGCUGUAAUCAUAACCUGGCAUUUACAAUCUGCCACCUUGUGGCCAUGAUCUCCACAUGUAUCAAUCCCGUCUUUUAUGGAUUUCUGAACAGGAACUUUCAGAAGGAUUUGGUAGUAUUAGCUCACCACUGCAGAUGCUCAGCAUCACAAGAGGAAUAUGAAAAUAUUGCCCUUUCAAACUUGCAAACAGAUGCAUCUAAGGGGUCUCUGAAGUUAAAUAAUCCCCAUGUGGAUAUAUAAAAUAAUCUAACUGCAGUUUCCAAAAUUCUAUAUUUUAUUGCGGAUGGCCUUUUUCUGCAGUUCUUGGUCAUGGUACCUCCAAAUUAAGAGGAAGUCUUUGCCAUUUAGUUCAGCAAAACCAGGAUUAUACUCCCAUAAGCAUACUCUUAACAGGCACUUUAUUAUAGUAUUGAUGCUGAUAAACCACUUCAAACAGUUCUAAAGAUCAAGAAUAAUAAAUUACAAACAGUAUUAACAUCUGACUUUUUUAAUCCACAGUUUCCAAGUCACUGGCAUGCUACCUUAACUCCAAUAAAAAUGUUUCCAUUUCAGCCACUGAUGGGGUUGUCCUUCCUAAACAUCUGGCUUCCCCUGCUAAACCCUGAACAGUGUGGUAUCCCUAACUUCAGACGCCUUUCACACACUUUUCUAGAAUUUUUAUCUUCCAACCCUACAUCAAUACCCUCCUUGGUUAAUCUGCAGCUCAGAGGCAGUUCACACUCUAAGGAAGGCCCUUGAAGUUAUCAAGACUCCACCACCUUUCUUUCAGCCCCCUCAUACAGUUUGCUUUGGCUUAGUACCAGUUCAGCCAAGAAAUUGUAUUUUAACAAGGGAAAAAGCUAGAGCUGGACUUUUAUUUCUCUUUAUGAACACUAAAACAGAACCCAUUUGAUAUACUGCAAGUUUCACUCAGAAUAAUGUUGUUCAAGAUGAAAUAUAUAUUUAGCAUUUCUCCUAAAAGCAUUGCAUUCUCCAAACCACCAGUAAAAAUCUUUGUUUUCUCUCUUACUAUCAUCACUACUCCUUAGAACACACCUUUUAGAAUCUUUGUUAUCAAAAAAAUCCACUAUGAAUUCAGAGUAAAUUUAGUUUUAGCUACUUACUCAGAUUUCUCCUUGAGUAGAAAAUUAGGUUUGCAUUUUGAUAUCAGCAAUAUUUUUCCCCACAUUUCUGAGCUAGCAAGAUGGCACACUUUAGCAGAUGUGCUAAUUUCUGUUCACAGAAACACAGUUUCUGUAUUUGAAAAUAGUUUCUUUUGUAACACAGUGCAAAGAAGCCUAAAGGGAUAACACUGAACACAACUUUUCUUAACCAAAACAUUUUAAAAAUCACUUUGCAGUGUGGCCAUAAAAAAAUAGCCAAAUUUCUUCAUCUGUGAUAUAGUGACAAUAUAAAUAAUCAGUUAAUAUUGAGCUGUUUAAAUACAGUACUUAGAACACUUUAGUCCAAAAACUCACCAUGCUUCCUCUUGGUCAAAUUAAAUAUAAUUAAUUACUUGUAUUGCUGAAGCUCCUUCUUUUUUUACUUUUGAGUUUCAAAACACUCUGCUCUAACACUUUUACUUAAGGUUCCUUGUAAAGUAUUCUCUAACUUCAGCAAUUUAUUAAUGCCCCACUUAAGCAAAAAGAAUUCACAUUCAAAUUACAAUGAGCUCCUUGAUGAAUCAGCUGUGAUGAAACUCACCUUAAGGCUAUAAAGUUCUCUUGGAGAGGCAAAAUCACUUUCCAUAGGCAUCCAGUUCCUAAAGGGUUCGGGCACAGUUCUCUUAUUCCAGCAUUAGUUCAGUCUGUCUGCACCACUCUGCUCAUCAGAGGAGCUCUGUCAGAAGAGCCUCACGAGCUCGUGCAGAUACUCAGGUUGUGUAAGUGCCCCCGAAUCACACUGAGAUAAAAGACCUCUGUGAAAUCUCUUCGUGUCUGAGCCCAUAGAAGUUGUAAGGGCAGCCCCAUCACAAGAGCAAGAACAGCAGAAUGAGUGACAUGGUAAUCAAGAGUCUGAGUGAUUAGCUUUGGCAUAAUUUAGGGAUUUUUGCUAAUUAAAUCAAAUAUCAUGCAUUUGGAAUCGAUUGCACACUUAAACACUUGCCUUAUGCAUCAUAGGAAAGAAGCCAGGAGACAGAUAAAUACCUGAUAAAGGCCAAUGAUCAGACUGUUGAGAGUAUCUCAGUAUUAACUAUUUCUAUGAACUUCAACCCAGGUCACUGGCCUGCCUUUAUUGCUGAUGCACAUCAUCUGUUUGCUCAGCACAACAGGCAUUGAAUCAAGCUAAAAGCUAACUUGCAGUCAAUGACACUGGGGCCAUGCAUGUCAGAGAGGCUGGCUGUGCUUUGGUGAAGGGGAGGGGAUGGAGCUGCUUCUCUCACACUGAGACUCCUGGGUAACAAAGUGACUCAUUGUCUUCAUUGCACCUGGCUCGACUAAGAGCAAAUCUGAUCCAGGAACUUCACUUCUCUUGGGGAUCCCGGUACCUGUAUUGAAAACCAUCUACUCCUGUCAGAAGGUCAUUCCCUGAACAGCAUUUUAACAAAUGCUGGUGUCACACCUGCUAGAGGCUGGACUAUCAACUGUAUUUCUCUGGGUUAGGAACACAAAUCUCUGUCCCCAUCUUCCUCAAAUUUAAGUACACUCUUUACAGAUUCAGGGCCCAUGCUUAAAGCAGUUUACAUGCACACGACAUUCUAAAUUUAUUCUAUUAAUAUUAGCACAGCAGUUCAGAUUACUCUCAUUGACAAAUGUCUCAGACAGUAUUUAAUGUUUGAGUCAGGGCCAGCUGAGAUUCCCAUGUGUGAACUCGGCCUAAGUGGCUCCCAUCCCAUCCCAUCCCAUCCCAUCCCAUCCCAUCCCAUCCCAUCCCAUCCCAUCGACAAGCUUACUUUUACAGCAGAGGUGGUUUUAGUAUCACAUCCCAAGUGAUUUUAAAACAGCCAUGAAAUGAAUUCUUGUUCAGAUUAUGUGAUGCUGAUGGGUGGUCUCUCUGUACUGUCUCUCCAUAGAAGUACUUGGGCAGUAUGCAUUAAAAAAGAAGAUUGCCAUCAUUUUUUGUAAUAUACCAAUUGUCUACUCCUGACAUCCUGAUCAGAGUUAAGCGCUCAAUCUUUCCUUCCAGUCUGAAAAUCUGGGUGUAAGAGGUUCUUCAUUAGCAGGUGGAAGCUCUCUGAGCAAUGACACUGCUUCAGAAUCAAAAGUGAACAAUAAUACUUGUGCCUUGAUUUCUCCUCCUCAUUUCUUUCUCACACUUUCAUUUGACUCAUGUGUUGAUGGAUGCUCCAUUUCUGUUCUGAGCAUUCAGCCAUCAAGUGUCUCUCAAUGCUGCACUUGUAACAAUCAUUGUUAACGGGCAGAGGACCCUCACUGUCUCGGAGACGUCACCCUCAGCGCUGCAAUUCUGUCACUACAUCCACUGGCUUCCUGUGCAUCCUGAUACUGAACUUCCAUGCAAGUCAGCAGGAGCCAAAUGACUGUGACAGGAAUAGAAACAAAGAGCAACUACUUGUUUUUAAAGCAUAAGUAUUAUGGACUCCAACAUGGUGUGUGACAGUGGUAAAUGUAACUGCAAUACCUAAUACUUAAAGACUGCUCAAGUUAAACUGGCAAAUGUUGCCCUGUCUUGGGUAAUGCUGAUGACUUUAUUUUCCCUUUAUUGGUAUAGCAAAGUAAAAAAAAUACUAAUAGCCUUCCUCAGCAGAAAGUUGUUACCUGAUGCGACCAGCUGGAGGAUUGUGAGCUGCCUCGGGGGAGCAGCACCAUGGAAUUAACUACAGAAAGCUAGAGGGGAGCCUGAACUCCCAAAUGCUAUUCCAGUGUAAAAAGUCUUAGAUUUUAAAAAAUAAAAACUGUGUCAGAGCUUUGUUUGGGUGGUUUGGUCAUGCAGACCAAUAUAUUUAUAAACAUCCUUGUAAAUGAACUGCGUCCUUAUAUGUCUAUGUAUUUUAUGGUUGAUUGGUUUCACUUUGAGCACCUAUAACUAAGGUUAGAUACUUGGGAACUGGCAUCCACUGUGGAAAUUAUUCCACUGAGCAAAGAGCUCAGUUGAUUAUUGACUGUAAUCUUUUCUGUGGAGAGAAGCAGCACCAGUGCUGUGUGUGAUUUAAAGACUGAUUUCUCCCAUAGACUGACAAAUAAACAUUACCCUGUGUAAAACCAUCACCCUG